UAUGUGUGUGUGUUUAGUGUUAAAGCAGUAAAAUGUUUUAUACUGUUCGAUAGAAAGGAAAUUUCGAAAUAAAAUUGCAUCGAUAAAAUUGUACAGAACUCGAAUCCUUAUGUAUUAAGAAUUUAGGCUUUUAUCUACUAAGGAUCAAUUGGAAAAUAUCCUUAGGUAGUAAUCAUUUAUUAACCAUUGAAGGCGACAACACCCGAGCCCACACAAAUGUCAAUAUUGUCAAUUUAAUUAUCAUCAGCCAAGCAUUGAAACUAAGCUUUCAUAAAUUUAGGACACAAUAUUUUAGGAUAAAAUUGAUUUUGAUAAAUGGGGAAGAUUAAAAAAAUACCAGAACGUCUUCAUGGCAGUCAAUCUCAAAACAUAUUGCAGAAUUUAAUGCUCAGAGACUUUGGUUUCCAUACAAUACAUAAACCUAGUACACAAUUGGAAUCCAUAGCUGAGAAAAACCUUGUUUUGAAAAAUCAUGUGGAAUUGAAAUGUGAUCUACCUGGAAUCCCUAGAGCAACAUUUUUAAUGGUUUUUAGUCCUGAUGGAACUAAAAUGGCAUCAACACAUGGGAAUCACAACGUUUAUAUUACUGAAGUUACAACCGGGAAAAACAUUAGAACCCUUUCAGGUCAUCCACGUACUCCAUGGUGCAUUGCAUUUCAUCCUUCCUCUAGUCAGAUUUUGGCUUCUGGUUGCUUGGGUGGUCAAGUUCGCGUUUGGGAUUUAAACGAUGGUAGUGAGGUUUGGAAUGCAGAAAGUCAGACAGUCAUAGCUUCUCUUGCUUUUCAUCCAUCUGAAAGGUUACUCGUUAUAGCAACAUACAAUGAAAUACAUUUUUGGGAUUGGAGUCAAUCCGAACCCUUUGCAGUAGCAACUACUAGAACAAAUAAAGAAAAAGUAAGGUAUGUGACUUUUGACAAUUUGGGAAGAAAGCUAAUUACAGGUAUUGCGAAUGCGCUGCAAAUGCAAACGCAAUGGGAUUGUCCUCCUAUAGAGCAACAGUAUAGAAAUAUAUUGAGAUAUUCACGCGACGGGGCACAGGUGUUUAAUACGUUGCCUAGGUAUCAUUUAUGGAAUCAUGGAGCGACGUACGGGAGCCAAAUACCAAAUAAUUAUGCAGAGAGAACUACUCAAAAUUCGGAUAAUUGGGUGCAACACAGACGUAUUAUAGCAUUAGAAAAUUGGUUCAAAUCGAAUCACACAAUUUAUAGUGCUUGUUAUUUUACGCACCGAGAUCAUGAAGCGUCCUGUUCGCACGGCAGAAGUAAUCAAGAUUGUAGAUUUAAAUUACGAAUAAAGGAAGUUCAACAGUGUAAAAAUACUUCUGAACGUAUGAUGUUAUGUUCGCCGGGUGACCACGAAACGAUUCAGUCGUCGAGAUCUAAUACAACAGAGUGUCCAUAUAACCGUCAGUGUUUUAAUGUAGAGAACAGCGUGACUCGAAGUAUUACAGGAACCAUAGGAAAACGAUUUAAAGUGAAAAAUGAAGAUGAAUUUAUCAGACAGAAACUGUUCAAGCGUUCCUAUUGCGCAUCUUGUACUGUUUAUUUCCAUAAUUUUUUAGAAAACAACCCAUCUUCGACCGACAAAGUAUGUUUGCACGAAAUAGAAUCAGCAUUGCAUAGUGCUGCAACUGCGUCAUUUGAUACAGCAUCUGAGAUAAAUGCACAAAAUCGAGAAAGACCUUCGAGAACUCCAAAAGCAAUAGAAGUUGAAAAUAAUAAUUUCCCUAAUAAUUUGUGCAAUGAACCAAACAGUAUUAUUAGAAGUAACAGAUUAUUGAGGAUCAAUAAUUCAUACGGGUUGAAAGAAGCCUCAAAAAAUAAAAAUAGAAACUCGCCCUUAUUAUGGAGAGUAUUAGAUCGGUUUCAAAAGAACUUGUAUACAAUUCUUACGGCAAAUAUGACAACGAUGCAGAAGAUGUUAUUAAAUAGUAAAAAUAUUGACAAACAGCUAAAAUAUGAAUAUUGGUUACUUGAAGGAAAUCAUAAUUUUAACUCACAUGCAUCCGAACAAACACAAACAUUGUCUUUAGAUAGAAACGAUUACAGGAAUUUAUCACAGAAUUAUCGCGAAUCAUCUUUGAUAGAAAUUGAUUUUAACGAUAAUUCAUACUCUCAAAUAUCAAGUGGUAACUUAAACCCAGAAAAGCAAGAAAAUACCAUUAACAAUAUAAGAAUAAGUAGUAGAAUACUGGAUGAUAAACAAGUUCGGGAAAAAAUUUAUAAUCCUGAAAUACCUGUUCCACCUAGUAGUGUUGUAAAUCAUUUAGAAGGAAGAAGUGGAAAUGAACGUACAGACUCGCGAGUAUUGUUUGUACCGAGUUCAGAAUUUGUAGAUGUUUUAAAAGUUCAUCAGAGUAUUAAAUUACUUAAUCGAUAUAUCAAUAACAUAAAAAAAUUAUGUCGAACUAGAUUGAAAAUAGCAGAAUUGCGACAAAUACGUAAAAUGUGGGAAAAUUUACAACUCCAAAUUAGAGUAUUUGAUUGUGUAGAAAAAGAAAAUGAAAAAAAUACAAAACUGAAUAUUAAUUUUGAUGAUAGACGUCUGACAUUCGUUCAAAAUAUUCCUUUAAAUUCGCAACAUGAAACUUAUAGAAAAAUAAGCAAUGGAAUUGAUAAUACAAGACCUUAUAACCAGAGUCAGCCAUCAACGUCGAAAGGAAUUACAAGUUUUGAAAAUAAUUAUGAUACGAAUCUUAUGGAAUCGAUUAAUGAUAAUGAAUCUCAAUUACAACGAAUGCAAGCAUACAAUAUGUCUCCAGUAUCCGAUGAUUUAUGCAUACAAUCUCAGAAUUCGAUGAAUAGGCUACAGUACACUAUAAAUUCCACAAACAGCUGUACUAAUUCUAUUUUACCAGCCGAAAAUAAUUUCCUGCUACCAAGUGUAUAUACUAAUUUGGUUUCUGGUAUAAGUUCAACUUCUGCUUCCGAAGAAAUCGCUGUUGAAUCACAAUUAACUGAUAUCCCAAAUUUCACCAACAGCAUAUCUAGUCAUUCUGUAUCAAAUACAUUUCAAAUAUCAGUUGCAAAUAUGACAUGUUCGUUUAACGAAGAAGUAAACAGUAAUAUCAAUAACGAUGGUUGCAGAAAUGACACCAGUUCAACAAGUUCAACCUAUCUUUCCACAAAUCCAAGUUCCGAAAUCACAUCUGCAUCGAUAACAAAUACUUUUCCCGUUCAAAAUAGAGAGCAUUUACACCAAAGACUAUGUAAAAAAUAUGGUCGAAAAAUUUUUUUCGGACGUUUAAAGUCAUUCCACUUGCAUCUUCUGAAACGAGAUUCCAGGACUCAAAACAGAAACUCAACAAGUAACGAUGAACGAAACAAUAGUCGAUCCGAAAGUGUCGAAUACGUCUCUCAAGAAACGUACUUUCAGCAUAAUAUUAAUAGGGGAAGAAGAAACUUUCAAAGAAGUUGGAGAAGUGCAUUGUCUCUGAAUAGAAACGUUAAUAGACCAAAUAAUGAGAGUACUGAAUUUAGAAAUCAAACAUUUAAUUCAACUACGGAACAUUUUCUCCGGAAUGAGGAAAAUUUGAACUCCUCGACGAAUUUUCAGAGAUUUAUUUCGCCUCAUUCUAUUUCAAAUUACGAAACAAAUAAUAACAGACGAAUUUUUUAUAACGAUAUAUUAUCUCGCAGACAACAGUUAAAUGUACCUGUCGUACAAAUGAACUUGCCAGAAAACUCUCAAAGAAGACGUAUACAUGAUCGAUAUUAUAUAUCGAAUAACUCCCGUUACUCCGUAUACACCGGAAACUCGGGGCCACGAACAAGAGGAGGAAAUAGUGGACAAGACCCCAGAAACGAGAGUAGUGAUUUAAAUUUUAGUGAAAUUCAAAGUUAUCGUGUACAAGCAUGGGACUUUUCCAAUGGAGAAAUACCAGAUAUUGCCAAUUCUGAGAAAAAUAUCGUCGUUCACGAGUGCAAGAUACAUAACGAUGCCAGUAUAGACAUUUCUUCGGAUGGAAAGCUGCUAGCAGCACUUCUCCCAGGUCCAUUUAAUGUAACAACUACAUUAGGUGUUUACAGUUUACAAUGGGAAACGUUAGGAGAGAAAAUUUAUUCGACUAAAAUAGAUCAGUCCGUAGUUUCUGUAUCGAUAUCACCAACGCAACAACAUCUUUUAGUAGGUCUUGGAAGGAAAGUUCAUGUGCCAGCAAAACCUUUCUUUAUGGCUUCGAUUUAUCAACUAAUAGACAAGGAGCUUCAAAACGACAAAAAAAUGUCACAGGACGAAUAUAGUACAAAAUAUAAUUUAUACAAAACGAAAGAUCUUCAUCGCAAGACUGCAAAAUUUGUUAGUAAUAAAAAUAACAGUAAUUCAUGUAAUCUGAAACAAUAUGAUGCUGGCAAUGAUAGAUCCUACGUACAAGACUGGGAUAUUUAUAAUAUGGAAAAUGGUUUAAAUGUUAAAAAUAAGAAAAACAAUAUGAUACUUAUACGAGAAUUACUACAAAAUAAUCGAGAAUCUACUGGAUACGUGAGUUUAAAUUGCAUUAGAUGGGCGCCACAACCCGGACAGGGAUUGGUUUAUGCCACUAACACUGGACAGCUAAAUAUUCUUCAUUAAUGUACUCGUAGAAUUGUAACAUAAAAAUAUAAAUUCAAUACAGUUUCAAUGUACUUGUCUAAUUAAUAUAAAUUACACGUGAAAGCAAAUCUUUGUUAGAGUAUAAUUUCCAGAACAAUUUUUAAUAAUACAAACAUCAUAAGAAAA